CUAAAAGAUUGUCUGAGAUAUGUUUUGGAAGACUUUCACGCAGCUGCCGCUGCUGCUGGUGCUGUUGCUGCUGCUGCAGCUCGGCGCAUCAGCGUUUGCUUCAAAGUCGUCCUAUUUGCGUGACAGCACAACUGAAAUGCCAUCCACUAGCAAUCAAGGACCGAGCCCGAGCCAGAAUCAGAGUCCCAGCCAGAGUCAGAGUCAGAGUCAAAGCCAGACGCCAGCUACUGUAGCGGAGGAGCAUUUUCCGGCUGUUGCGCCGCCGCAGGCAGCGGUUGAAGCGGAGACAGGUCUGCUGCAGCCACCGCUGUUGCCCACUGUGGAGGCUGAGGACGGACUGCGUCGUCGCGUAGUCACCUACGAUCAGCGGCAGGAGGGCCAGUAUAACAUACGUGGCGAUCUGGAAAACUUCAUGAUACUGGUGAUCCCAUCCGCUACCCAGGACAGUUUCACUCUCUUGGACCUGUUGAGCAAGUCCGCCAUGCGUGGCGGCACGAAGAGCAACAGCAAGCGUAAGCAUGCCUCGGCACUCAAAUCCUUCUACCAGCGACAGCAGCUGCAGCAGCAGCAGCAGCAACAGCAGCAGGUACUGCAGCAGAUGCCCCAGUCGGGAUUGCCAGGUGGUUUGCCCGAGUUUAUUGAGGGACGCACGCCGUACCAUGUGGACAUCUCUGCCACCAAUGAGGAGCUACUGCAGCAGCAGCAGCAACAGCAUCCGCGUCUGCAUCGCCAGCAGGUGGAUGUGUUGCCACCUCAGCUGAUUCCCAUGCCGCAGCUGAUCAAGCCGUAUCACCUGGAAGCGGAGCCGGAGCUAAUACAGGCGUUGCCCCCCGUGCCUGCCAGCAGCAGCAGCAGCAACAAUCUACUCGAAGGCUUUAACCAGGCGAACUCCCAGUAUUAUCGCAAUUCUCGCUCGCUGCGCGGCCCAAGCUUCCUGGAGACCAAUCGCCUGGCUGGCGACUCCAUGGCCAGCUCCAAUGCACGCGCCAUUAGCGUGCCCCUGUACCGCACCGAUGUGGCUCGCAGUCAAGCCCAGCCGGGCACUGCGAGCGUCCUGUAUCCGCCCAUCGAUGUGCCUGCCUACAUAAUUAACGAGGCACAGCCGCGUAAUUGGCAACUGAGCGAUGAGCCCACACCGAUACAGCCCAAGCAUCUGAUCGAUGGCGAGCCCCUGCUCAGCUUCGAGCUACUGGGCGAUGCCCUGGCUGACUCCAAGGCCCUAUUGCGCGACGGCCUGGCACGCUGUUCACCGGGACAGCGACGCGACAGCUAUGGCGCCUGCCGCCAGGUCGAGGGAUACUGAGACUGAAACACUUUCUAGACUGCUCAACGAAAGCGCACAUACAUAUGUAUUAGGCUAAGCUUCGCAAUAAAUGAUUAGGCAUUCGACUUAAGAUUCACACUUUACACACACAC